AUGACGAAACAUCCAUAUCUGUUACCCGGUGAACGUGAUAAUACUUCAGCAAUCGUUCAUACGCAUGGAAUCAAUCGAAAUCCACCAAUACAUUCUUCACAACAAGCUUUACAACAUAAUUUUAUUUCCAUCCCUCGUAUUUAUGAACCUAAAGAAAGAGAUUUCGUUAUUGGUAUUAUUAUUGUUCGUACUCCUGAUUUAUUUCUUGUCGAUAUAAACGGUGUAGAAUCAGCCGUAUUACCAAUGACAUCAUUUGAUCAGGGCCGUAUACCUUCUCGUGGUGCGAUGAAUCGUUUAAGCGUUGUUUAUGCUCAUGUUGUACGUGCAGAUUCGUGGACACAAACAGAAUUAUCUUGCCAAUCAAUAGAUCAUUCGAAGAGAAAAAACGAUUUUGGUCUUAUUGAACAAGGGCACAUCAUUCGUUGUUCAUUAGGUUUGUGCGAAAAACUACAGCAUUCACAAUUAAUCAAUCAGUUAACGCAUACUAUAAAAAAUCUGCGUAUACGUAUAACACGUAAUGGUUUUGUAUGGUACAUGACUGAUACAAUAAAUUCAAUGAUUGCAAUAAAAAAUGUUUUAUAUAAACAUGAAUAUGAAAAUAAUAGUGGCCAUUUAGUAAAUCAUUAUCAAUUAUUAAUGACAAAACUUCAGCAACAAGAUGAUAGUCUAAUGCAAGUUAAACAACACAAGUCAAAAGUAGUCAAAAAAGAAGUCGAAAUAAAAAAGAUCGAACAACCGAAAACUAGUGAUGCUGUUACGCGUUUAUUGCAUCAAGUGAUUAAAGAUGUUCUUAACAAAAUUAUUGAUGACAUUGAAAAUAAUGAAAAUAGAUAA